AUUAACACCGUAAUCGACGUGGCAUGCGAAGCUGGGACGAUCAGUUUAUAAAAAUGUCAAAAUGGCGGAUAUGCCGACAAAGUUCCUCGAUCAGAAGGCAUUAAGAGAACGGUUAAGUCAGUGGGAUGCUAAUGUUGAGCCCAGAGCCUACCUGACAGAUAAACAGAGGGAUAUACUUAUAGAACUGUCCAGUCAGAUACAACACAGGCGUCUUCCUGUGGAGCUGCCUCUAGAUGAUGUCCCGACCGCUCACCUCUCUGCCAGAGAUGACCAGGCAACACAGUUACCGGGUUCUCUAGUUUCACCUAAAGUUUCAGAACUAGAAGAGAAAAUUGAAAAUGCCCAACAAUUUUUCUCCUGGUUUGCAAGUAUUGAAGAAAAUAUAUCUAAAGAAGAAGAAGUGCCAUAUAGGAAUUAUAUAAGAGAACUUGAGAAUUAUAGAAAGCAGUGCUGUGAUGUGUUACAAGAAGUCACUGACUCCCUUGACUACCUUAAUAAUUUACAACACCAAUAUAACUUAGUAUCUUUCAAAACUAAUGCACUUCAUGAUGCCUGUGAACAUUUACUUGCAGAACAGUCAAGUCUGAUGAACACUGCAGAAAAUAUCAGUAAUAAACUAUCGUAUUUCAAUGAAUUAGAAAGAAUAUCAAGUAAACUUGGUUCCCCGCUCUUUGCAGUCACCAAUGACUCCUUUGUACACAUGUUGGCACGGCUGGAUGAAUGCAUAUUAUAUAUUGCAAGUAAUUCUCGUUACCGAGAAUCUCAAGUGUAUUUGGCACGAUUCAAGCAAUGUUUGUCCCGAGCACUGACCCUCAUAAAAAGCCAUGUGAUCACAGUCCUGCAAAAUGCGACACAGCAAGUUUUACCUAAAAAGGAUACACCAAAUGCAGGUGAUGAUGCAUUUACACUCUUUUAUGGGAAAUUCCGCACAAAUGCACCCCGAGUUCAUGCUUUGAUGGAGCAACUGGAACAAAGAACUAAUAAAUCUGUAGAGUAUGCUCAGAUCUUAAAUGAUUGUCACCAGUGCUAUUUCUCCCAACGAGAACUACUUCUUGGGCCUAGUGUUGAGUCUACAAUUGCUGAUCUUGCUGCACGAUAUCAACGAGACCAUUGCGCUCUGAUGCGCAGUGGUUGUGUUUUUAUGGUGCACGUGUGUGAAGAUGAAAGCCAACUUUAUUUCAAUUUUUUCUCAAAACCAUCACCAUUACUUGACCAAAUGCUUGAGAAGUUAUGUACCAACCUUUAUGAUGUAUUCCGUCCGUUGAUAAUUCAUAUUAAUCACUUGGAAACACUAGCAGAACUCUGUGCGAUCUUGAAAAUUGAAAUGAUUGAAGAGCAUGUACGAAAUAACCCUCAAGAACUGAAGGCCUUUGAGAAUAUUUGCAAUCAAAUGCUUAUGGAUGUUCAAGAGCGACUUGUUUAUAGAACAUAUAUCUACAUCAAGAAUGAUAUUUUCAUGUAUAAUGCUGCAUCAGGAGAUUUAGCAUAUCCAGAGAAGCUAGAAAUGAUGGAGAGUAUAUCAGAAAACAUUAGGAAAACUCAACAACACUCUAGAAGUGCAUCGAAUGCUUCAAGCACAAGUAUGGAAGUUGCUCAGAUAACUGCUGGUCAAGAAUCAACAGAAGAGAAUAAGAAAACUGACAGUGAUGGCUUCACUGAAGUUAUAGGUCCAUCUACAGAAACUCACUCAUCUUCAAUGCCCAUGUCACCUGCUGAUCUCCAUGGUAUGUGGUAUCCAACAGUAAGAAGAACUUUGGUCACUUUGUCUAAACUCUAUCGGUGUAUUGCACGAACAACAUUCCAAGGACUUUCACAGGAAGCUCUACAGUCUUGUAUAAAAAGUUUAAAUGUUGCUAAAGAAGGUAUUGUCAAACGAAAGACCUUACUAGAUGGUCAGAUGUUUAUGAUAAAACAUUUACUGAUUCUACGAGAACAGAUUGCACCAUUCCAGGCUGAUUUUAGUAUUAGAGAAACAUCAUUGGAUUUUAGCAAAAUGAAAUUCCUCACAGGUACAAAUCCAAAUGCAGUUCUGGGAUUGCUUUGGGAUGCUGCCUAUGGCUUAUUUUCAAAGAAAUCUCAGCUCUUUGUUUUAAACAGUAACAAUGCUUUGCUCCAGUUUAUUUUAGAGGGAACACCACAAGUAACAGAACACUUUGUUGAUUCUAAGAAAGAUGUAGAUAGUGAACUGAAGAAGAAUUGUGAAGAGUUCAUACAUCAUAUCUCAGAGUAUUUCACUGAACCAUUAAAAUCAUUUUUAUCAAAGGCUACUGUUAUUACUGACAUGAAGAAAGAAGAAGGGGUGCAGAAAGUAUCUUUGCGCAAUCAGCCAUUUGCUACUCCGGAAAAACUACAUGAUACUGUAGCAGAGAGUUACAAAAAUUUAAAAUCUCGACUACCUCUUGUACAGAGAAGCAUGUCCCUCUAUCUGGCCAAUAAGGAUACUGAAUACAUUUUAUUCAAACCAGUCAAGGUGAGUGUACAGCAAACUUACCAGCAACUUGCUCAGCUUCUGAACUCGGAAUAUACAGAAGAAGACAAACAAAUUGUGGCGUGCCCUUCUAUAGAACAGAUAAAUUUAUUACUAUCUUCUAGCAAAUAAUAAUUGCUCUUCAAUGGGACUCAGACUGGCUCUGUUGCAAAUAAUUUUCUUUUAAUAUGAGGGACCUGAAUUUAAUCUUGUAAUAAAAGACUUUAAUGAGGAAAUCCAUGCAAACUCA